AUGGUGGUUCUCCGCAGCAGCCACUCAUCUACCUCGGCCACGGACUCCCUGGACCUGUCCAACGAGUUCCUCAGCUUGGAGCAGGUCGGCAGUAGGACGCUCCGUUCGGCGAGCGCCGCAGCGAAAUCCGCCGUCCCCACGGGCGAUGGUUCUUCGGUUAAGAAAGUUGAAACCUAUCACCGGACACGUGCUUUAAGGUCUUUGAGAAAAAAUGCACAGAAUUCUUCAGAUUCUAGUUUUGAUAAGAAUAUGGAAAUAAUGGAGAAGCAUGCUAAUGGCAGGCAUUUUACAAGGCAGUUGGCCAGACAGCAGGCUGAUAAAAAAAAAGAAGAGUACAAAGAAGACAAAGUGAUUCCAGUUACUCGGUCAUUGAGAACUAGAAACAUUGUUGAAACUACAGGACACUUGCAUGAAGAGAAUGGUGACAUUGAAGUUCGCCGCAGUUGUAGGAUUAGAAGUCGUUAUAAUACUGUGAACCAAUCCGUGCUAUUUAACAAACUUAUAACAAACACUGCUGAAGCUGUACUUCAAAAAAUGGAUGACAUGAAGAAAAUGCGUAGACAACGAAUGAGAGAACUUGGAGACUUGGGAGCAUUUAAUGAAACAGAAGAAGGCAAUCUUAAUAUGUACACAAGAGGAAAACGAAAAGGUAUUCAAAGAGCUGAUGAAGAAACAACUGAUAAUCAAGAAGGCAGUGUAGAAUCAUCUGAAGAGGGUGAAGACCAAGAAGAUGAAGAUGAUGGUGAAGAUGAAGAAGAAGAUGAUGACGAUGAUGAAGAAGAUGAUGACGAUGAAGAAGAAGAUGAUGAUGAAGAUGAAGAAGAUGGAGAGGAAGAUAAUCAGAAACGAUAUUAUCUUAGACAGAGAAAAGCUGCUGUUUAUUACCAGGCUCCACUGGAAAAACCUCGUCAUCAGAGAAAGCCCAACAUAUUUUAUAGUGGCCCAGCUUCUCCUGCAAGACCAAGAUAUCGAUUAUCUUCUGCGGGACCAAGAAGUCCUUAUUGUAAACAGAUGAACAGGCGAAAGCAUGCAAUCCACAGUAGUGACUCUACUUCAUCUUCCUCUUCUGAAGAUGAACAACACUUUGAGAGGCGAAGAAAAAGGAGCCGUAAUAGAGCUAUCAAUAGGUGCCUCCCACUAAAUUUUCGGAAAGACGAAUUAAAAGGCUUUUAUAAAGAUCGAAUGAAAAUUGGAGCAAGCCUUGCUGAUGUUGAUCCAAUGCAGCUAGAUACUUCAGUACGAUUUGAUAGUGUCGGUGGCUUGUCCAAUCAUAUUGCAGCUCUAAAAGAGAUGGUGGUGUUUCCAUUACUUUAUCCAGAAGUCUUUGAAAAGUUCAAAAUUCAACCUCCAAGAGGUUGUUUGUUUUAUGGUCCACCUGGAACUGGAAAAACUCUGGUUGCUAGAGCACUCGCUAAUGAGUGCAGUCAAGGGGAUAAAAGAGUAGCAUUUUUCAUGAGGAAAGGUGCUGAUUGUUUGAGUAAAUGGGUAGGGGAAUCUGAAAGACAACUACGAUUGCUGUUUGAUCAGGCCUAUCAGAUGCGCCCAUCAAUUAUUUUCUUUGACGAAAUUGAUGGUCUGGCUCCAGUACGGUCAAGCAGGCAAGAUCAAAUUCACAGUUCUAUCGUUUCCACCCUGCUAGCUCUUAUGGAUGGAUUGGACAGCAGAGGAGAAAUUGUGGUGAUUGGUGCUACCAACAGACUGGAUUCUAUAGACCCUGCUUUACGAAGGCCUGGUCGCUUUGACAGGGAGUUCCUUUUUAGCCUACCUGAUAAAGAUGCACGAAAAGAGAUUCUAAAGAUUCACACAAGAGAUUGGAAUCCCAAACCACUGGACAUAUUUCUGGAAGAGCUAGCAGAAAACUGUGUUGGAUACUGUGGUGCAGAUAUUAAGUCAAUAUGCUCUGAAGCUGCUUUAUGUGCUCUACGUCGACGCUAUCCACAGAUCUAUACAACUAGUGAGAAACUACAGUUGGAUCUCUCUUCAAUUAAUAUCUCAGCUAAGGAUUUUGAGGUAGCUAUGCAAAAGAUGAUACCGGCCUCCCAAAGAGCUGUAACAUCACCUGGGCAGGCUUUGUCCACCAUCGUGAAACCACUCCUUCAAAGCACUGUUCACAAGAUCUUAGAAGCCCUGUACAAAGUAUUUCCACAUGCGAAAAUCAGAACAAAUAAAGCAUUAGACUCAGAUAUUUCUUGUCCUCUGCUAGAAAGUGACUUGGCAUAUAGUGAUGAUGAUGUUCCAUCAGUUUAUGAAAAUGGAAUUUCUCAGAAAUCCUUUAAUAAGGCAAAAGAAAAUUUUAAUUUUCUUCAUUUGAAUAGAAAUGCUUAUUACCAACCUAUGUCUUUUCGACCGAGAAUAUUGAUAGUGGGAGAACCAGGAUUUGGGCAGGGUUCUCACCUGGCACCAGCUGUCAUCCAUGCUUUGGAAAAGUUUACCGUAUAUACAUUAGAUAUUCCUGUUCUUUUUGGAGUCAGUGCUACGUCUCCUGAAGAAACAUGUGCUCAGAUGAUUCGUGAAGCUAAGAGAACAGCACCAAGUAUAGUGUAUGUUCCACAUAUCCACUUGUGGUGGGAAAUAGUUGGACCAACACUCAAAGCCACAUUUACCACAUUAUUACAGAAUAUUCCUUCAUUUGCUCCAGUUUUACUACUUGCAACUUCUGACAAACCCCAUUCUGCUCUGCCUGAAGAGUUCAGCGGUCUGGAGGUAAGUAGUGGGAAACAAGCUAGCAAGCUGGGAACACCCCUUAAUUAUCGUCUUAUUAGGCAUAGAGCCUGUGCUUUAAGAGAUACUGCCUAUGCAAUAAUUAAAGAAGAACUUGAUGAGGACUUUGAGCAACUUUGUGAAGAAAUUCAGGAAUCUAGAAAGAAAAGAGGUUGUAGCUCCUCCAAAUAUGCCCCAUCUUACUACCAUGUGAUGCCAAAGCAAAAUUCCACCCUUGCUGGUGAUAAAAGAUCAGAUCCAGAGCAGAAUGAAAAGCUAAAGACUCCCAGUACUCCCAUGGCUUGCAGCACUCCUACUCAGUUGAAGAGAAGAAUUCGCAAGAAGUCGAAAUGGUACUUAGGCACCAUAGCAAAGCGAAGGAAGAUUUCCCAGGCAAAGGAUCAUAGCCAAAAUGCUGCAGAUGACAAAACUGAGAGUGAUACAGAAGAAACUCAAGAUACAAGUGUAGACCAUAAUGAGACUGGAAACACAGGAGAGUCUUCAAUGGAAGAAAAUGAGAAGCAGCAAAAUUUCUCUGAGAGCAAAUUAGAAUGGAGAAAUAAUAAUUCAAAUACUUGUAAUAUUGAGAAUGAACUUGAAGGAUCUAGGAAUACAACAGCAUGUAUAGAAUUGAGAAAAGAUAAGAUUGUUUGCAAUGGAGAUACUUCUAGCUCUCAGAUAGUAGCUAUUUCUGAUGAAAAUGAAGCAAAAGAAAUGUGUGUUCUGCGAAUGACUCGAGCUAGACGUUCACAAGUAGAGCAACAGCAGCUCAUCAGUGUUGAAAAGGCUUUGGCAAUUCUUUCUCAGCCUACACCCUCUCUUGUUGUGGACCAUGAGCGAUUAAAUAAUCUUUUGAAGACUGUUGUUAAAAAAGGUGAAAAGUACAAUAUAUUUCAAUUGGAAAAUUUGUAUGCAGUAAUCUGCCAGUGUAUUUAUCAGCAUCGCAGAGACUAUGAUAAAACAACACUUAUUCAGAAAAUGGAGCAAGAGGUAGAAAACUUCACUUGUUCCAGAUCAUGAUGCCAUGGUAUCGAGUGUUCUUUAUAUUCAGUUCCUAUUUAAUUCACUUUUGUCAUGUCCACAUAACUGAAGCAAUAUGGAAUCCUGCAUCUUUAAGAAAAAGAUUAGAAUAGUAGAACUAUUUAAACUUUUCUGGUAUUUAUGUACAUGUGUAACAUAAAUUACAUGUAUAAAAUAACUGAUGAAUAUUGGAAGUUUGCUUGAACAUAGCACUGUAAUAAUAGUAGUUGAAGUUUGGCCAACUCUUAAUAAAGUUAUUUUGAUAACUAAGUUUUAUGGAACUUAAGAGUAAUAAGUGACAUUGAAAUCUUUUGUAUUAAGCACUUUUAAUUUUAUUCUUCCUAAAAAUAGUUUACUGUAUCAGACUAGAAAUUUACUUAACUGUUGUGUCUUUGCUAUGUUUUCUUUAAUGCCCUUCUCCUGUCUGCCUUCAGCUUCCCUUGCCCAUUCAUUUAAAUGCCAGAGAGCAAGUCAUGAUUUGCAGGAGGGAGGGCUCUUGAACAACUUCUGGCUGUACCACAUUCUAUACUUGAAUAUCGAAAUUAAUGUUUUGUAGAUAAACAUUUUUAUAAAUUCUAAUUUGGGUUAAUAAAGAUUUUGAAUAUUU